ACAAAUAUUUUUUACUCCUUUUUCAUUACAAUACAUAGUAUUGUACAUGAAUACAUGUUUGAAAUUGUGAUGAAAUAAGCAGUCACUGAGUUUGAGGUGUUUAUAACAUGCAAUCAUGUUGUUUAGGCUUAACAAUUAUUAAUAUUUUAUCUUCUUCCAGUCACAUCAUAGGAGAGUCUGUCUGUGGCUCCUCCUCCGUCAUGUCUUGCUCUUCCUCCACAGGAGGAGGGGGAGGCGGGAGUGAUGAGUGGUCGGAGGUCAGACUGAGGAGAUCUGGGGAAAAUGGAAGGACGAGGGCAGGAUGGAGGUGACGGAAGGAGGACCUGAAGCCCUCCCAGGCAUCUCUGUCCCCUUCUGCUUCUUUAACCUGCAGGAGAGAUGGGCUGCUGGUUAAGUGCUUGGUAGAGGGGGUAAACCUUGGUGGCGUGGGUACUUACUUUGGCUUGCUGGCUCCUCCUGAGCUCGGCCUCUGCAGCCAGAUGCUGUUGUAACUCCACAGGAAAACUGAGCUCAUCUCUGACAGAAAAUCAAAAACACAAGCACAAAGAAGACCAGUCAGCAGGAAAUCCACGGUCUGCAAUGAAUCACAUUCUGACCAGUGUCCAAAGAAAAAUUAAGUGAUUUGUGUUUCCAUAUGUUUGGCUUUUUGUUUUUUUCUAAAAUGAUCUUAAUUCUCUCAUUGAUCGACGGUGAGCUGCCAGAGCAGGUCUCAGUAUCAGUGAGGGAACAUCUGUGGGGGCUGCCAGCCUUACAUGUCUGCUCUCUCCACGCGGAUGCCCCAGCGGCAGGCGACCGCGUCGACCGCCGACUGUAUCUGCUGACCGACCCGCCUCCUGUGCAGCAGGACGUGGCUGAACGCGUGCUGGGCGAGAACGUCCCUGACCGCUGCCUGCACCAGAGUCUGCAGCACUCUGGCAAGAUGAGCCAGGAAGACGUUUUAGCUACGCUCAAGAAGGAUGUCCGCUCAUUGCUCAUUUCUUCCAAGAUGGGCUUGGACGCCAACCAGCUGAAACAGGACUACUUCAAAAUGCUGGGGCAUCCCAUGCCCCUGAAGCAGCUAGGCUUCAAGAACAUCUUUGACAUGAUGAAGGAGAUACCAGAUGUAGUAUCCAUUAACCUCAGGCCGGAUGGAAGCCACAUCUUAAAGGCUGUUGGCAACAAGUCCACUCAAAGCAUUGAGAACCUAGUGGCUAAACAGCGAGUGUCAAAGACAGACAUCAGACAAAAACUCAGGAGGAGAGGAGAUGCUGCUUCCUUCAUGCCCCGUUAUGGUCAUCGGCCUUCCUCCGUUUUACCUCCUAGAAGAGGCUGUGCUCCCCUAAUGCUCCCUGCUCAGCUGAGGGCACAGUUACACAUUCUGCUGUCCCAGGGCCCUCUUAGGUUGUGUGACCUUGAGGCCUGCUACCUGAGCUGUUUUGGCCACCCACUGCGCGUCCACAACUAUGGGUUCUAUUCAACUGGAGAGAUGCUGGGGGCAGCGGCAGACCUGGUCCUCAUCCAACAGUCCAGGCUGGGCUCCAUUGUAAAACUGAGAGAACCUAUGCUUCACACGACACUGCAUAAACCAUUAAAAUCAAGGUUGAAGGAUGAAUCUAAAAUGAGGCCAGGCUAUGUUCAGACACAAGCAGUGUCCCCUGCUAAAGUCGCAGUGAACAAGAGUCCCCUGAACCAGAUGUCUGUUGAGCCUACAUUAGUCCCUGUCCUCAAUGGGUCAGCAGCUGUCGGUGAGAAAUCAAAUGUUGAGAAGAAUCAAGAAGCUCAAUUGGAGCUUGGCCAGAAAAGUCAACCUUUCCAGAAUCGCAUCCUAGAGCUCGAGGAAGAGCUUCGCCUUGGUAUUCUCGAAAAUGGACUUGCUGGUACCAUUAGUCAGGAUCUGAAGGACAACAUGAGAAAGGUUGUGAGUCAGCAUAGCAGCGGGUUGUCUGUGCAAGAGCUGCCUUGUCAAUACAAGAAAGUUUUUGGUGAAGACCUGCCUCUUGUACAGAAUGGCUUUGUCAGUGUCACUGAACUGGUCGGUGCCAUGAGCGAUAUCUUCCGCCUGAAACCUGUGGAGUAUCACAAUGGAAGUGACUGGGUAGUCAUGGACUUAGAGGACAAAGUCAGUACACAAUCAGACUUAAAUCAAACUAGAACUGUUGGUGUGAAGCAGCCAUUCAUGAGCUACUACUUAAGUUGUGGAGAGUCUCCUUGGGAAAGCAAGCAGGAUGGGGAGGAUGCUAAAACCACAGCAGACGAUGCCACUGAGGGGACUCAGGAAACGAUGUCCAACAUGUACGCUACCAUUCACGUGCGCCAUAGCCAUGCCGUGCCCCCGGACGCUCUGCUGAGCCAACGCCUCAAACCGCCAACGUGUAACAGAGCUCGAGAACUGGUGGAAGUAGUGGUGGAGCGGGUGGUGUCGCCGGGACAUUUCUACAUCCGCUUCAGCAAGAGCAAGGAGGCGCUGGCCAUGGAGGACAUGAUGAUAGACAUGAGGCGGUGUUACACCAACCCUGCGGUGUCACAGCACUACCGCCUGCCUGAGCAGUUGGUCCGUCGUGGUCAGGUCUGCUGCGUGUCACCUGAGCAGAUAUGGUUCUACCGGGUGGUGAUUCAUAGGAUUGUUAGCCUCACUCAGGUUGAGGUUUACUACGUUGAUUUUGGCAACAUGAACGUGGUGCAGAAUGCCGACCUAAAGUUCCUCAAGUCGUCUUAUUCAGUGCUCCCAGCACAAGCUGUUCCAUCAUCGCUGGCUGGAAUUGUACCCAACACUGGUAACUGGACUGCUGCAGCCACAGCUUCUUUCAAGAACCUGUGCUCAGACCGCACCCUAGUGGGCGCUCUAGACUUCUACACUGGGGAUGUGCUGCAGCUCUAUCUGUGUGACACUCAUACUCCUGAUGACAUCUACAUCCACACUGUCCUCCUGAGCCAGGGCCAUGGAGCACCAUGCAGCCCGUCAGCAUGUACAGCAUUGUGUGUCCAGGUCAACCCAGUGAGUCUCUACCUCGGGGAAGGAAAGGUGAAACUGCCUGAGGUUGAUGUAACGGCAAUUUCUAGACCCAAUUCAACAGACAGUCAGUUCACACUGAAGAUUGAUAAGGAGGAAAUGCCCGGCCUAGAAUUAUAUGAGGACAUUGAGGAUAGCCUCCACUUGAAGGAAAACCCAUUCAGUGUUCUGAUAACAAAGCAGCACACAAGAGACCUGACAUUGUAGGAAUUUGACCAAUGAUCUACACUAAGGUCUUUCCGUUUGUCUGGUCCACAAACAUAUACUCUUUGUUUUGCCUUGGACCACACUAUGGAGGCUGGGCCCUCCUACAGUCUCCACGAGAACUCUACCACAAGGAAUGAAGGCUUAUUCCUGAAUAACUGCACAUUUUAAAGUACGUUGACAGUCUUUGAGAACCUGGCAGGAUUUUUGUGCCAAUAAGGACCUGAGUUAUCCACUGGCCUUGGGAACUUUCAUUUAAAAUUUUAUGUAAUUUUAACCUGGUCUGUGUUAGAUAAAUAGUAUGUUAAGCUCUUGUUAUUGUAGGUCUUUGACUGACACAUUAAUGUGAAUAAGCUUGUUAAAAUUGUCUUUAUUUAAAAGAGUCUUGUUUUGUGGGUUUUAUGAUUUUCUUUAUUGUCUUUUCCUUCAAUCUACAAGAUGUUAAAGUGUAUCAUAAUUGUUAAUAAUAUAUUUUUUUGCACAUUGUAGUAUAAUUGCUGUUAAGGGCAAGGCAGUGUUAUAAAUCAAAAUGUCAUUUUAUUUUGAAAAUAAAAGGCAUUAAGUUCU